AUGUGGCAACAACAAGCCUUUGUUUUGGAUUCCAAAUUUAAUGCCUAUAGAACUUCAAACCACCCAAAUUUUAGAACGCUUUACAUUAGGAGAAGAAGUCAACUUCUCCGAGAAAAAUCUAAACAAGAUGAUAUGAUUCCAGGUAUGCGAAGAAAGUAUUUACGUAUUAGGUCAGCAAUUUUACAAAACAGAUAUAAUGUAAAUUUUGAUAUGCAGUCCAACAGUGCCUGUAGCCAAAGUACUAGUAUGAUGAGUUUAAAUAAAGACAAACAAUUAGAAAUUGAUGUAGCACCUCGAAAGUAUGAUUUUUUAUCAUCACCUAUUCCAACCACCCAUGCUCAAGCUUCCAAAGCUAUUGUUGGAAAUAGUACUAUGGAAGAAAAUUAUGCAUUCAAUAAUGUUCACCAUAUCUAUGAUCAGCAUUCAGAUGCAGUAACAAUGUUGAAGUUUGCCAAUAAUGAUAAAUCAAAAUUAUGUUGUGCUUCAAACGAUGGAACUCUUAGUAUUUGUGAUGUUUUGACAUCACCACCAUGUGUAAAAGCUAUACUAAGAUGUCAUACAGGCCCAGUAACAGGUUGUGAUUGGUCUGCUUCGGAUGAAUUAAUUGCUAGCUGUUCUACUGAUGCAACUAUUUGCUUUUGGGAUGCAAUUCGACAUUGUUGUCUAAGAUGUGUCAGUGAUCCUUUUUAUUCAUCUGUUUUGGUCUGUUUAUUUAAUCCUAUCAACAAUAAUAUUCUCAUUACUGGCAACAAGGCUGGAUUUGUGUGCGUAUUAAAUGUAUCAACGGGUAUGUACCCAAAAGGUGGAAAGCACAAAAUUGGUGGUCAAAUUUUAUCUCUUGCAGUUAAUAGUAGUGGACAAAUAAUAUGGGUUGGAAAUGACAAGAGUGAAAUUGUAUCUCUCAAAUUAAACAGCAGUGAUAAUAGUAUUCUUACUAAGUGUCAUCGAAUUAUAACAUCUCCAAAUCGUGGUGCAAUUACUUGUUUGAGCUGGAGAUCAUGGAUUAGCCGAGAAGCAAGGGAUCCAAUGUUGUUAGCAAAUUGUGCAAAUAAUAUAUUAUGUCUUUACAAGGUUUCUGAAAAUGAUGGUGGCUCGUUGUAUUUAAAAAAGAAGUUUUUGGUUCAUCACGCUCGCAGUAAUCACUUGCUACGUUCAACGUUCUGUCCUAUUAUGUCAUUUAGACAGGGUGCUUGUGUUGUUACAAGCAGUGAAGAUUCUUGCAUUUAUUUUGUAGAUGUAGAAAGGGAAUCUAAUUAUACCGUCAACAAAUUGCAAGGGCAUGCUUGUGUGACUUUGGGUGUUACUUUUAACUACGAUGAGACUAUAUUAGCAACAAGUGACAUACAAGGGAUAAUUAUUAUUUGGUCUCGACAAUGUCAAAAGCAACAACAACAAAUAUAA